UUUAUGAUAUAUGUGGAGGCCCAAAUUCCAUAGUUUGGAAACUGAAAUGAGAGAUAAGAUAGCAUAAAUAAAAAUAUCUUUAUUGGGUUUUUAAAGCGUUUUAAUUAAGGGGACGUAAAAUAAUAAUCCACGCUGGGCUUUGUUGGUGUGCAGAUGGGAACCUUCCCUUCGAAUGACCCCUGAGCAGGCUCUCAAGCAUGCUUGGAUUCAUGAGUCACGGAACCUCAAGCCACGGCCCAGAGCCCAGACCCUUAGGAAUUCCAGUUUCUGUUUCCCCUCUGAGUCAAGGAAGGACAAGGUGCAAGGCUAUCAUCACUCGAGCAAAAAAGAUGACGUCACCAGGGAGACUGCAAACAAAAUAAAAGAUGGGCCCAAGAAGCGUGUUCAGAAUUUAGGUCAGCAGGACUCUCUCCAGCACUCAGCGGACACGGCCCAACUGCCUCAGCUAGCAGAAGCUCCCGGAAAGUCAGAGGCUGUUGUCGGGGCCGAGGUGUCCAUGACCUCCACAGGACAAAGCAAAAACGCCUCCCUCAAGAACACAAACAUUUUACCGCCUGUUCUAUGACCUUUGCUGAGGGUGCAUCCUGUUUCUCUCCAUCAGUGAUUUGUAUUAGAGACAGCGCUUAUAUUGUACAAAACUUCAAUUGUUUUUUUUAAUACAUAAAAGUUUGUUUAAAAGAGGCAAAAACGCUAUGCACAAGGGCAGCUGGCA